AUGAUAAGACCAGAGCGCUACAGCUGGGAGUUCCUGGGCGCCUUUGGCCAGGCCUGUGGCUUCAGCAGAUUCCAGGCUGAGUGCCCUCAGCUGUGCGAAAGCAGCCUCAGUAGCCGUGGUGGAGCCAGCAUGGCCAUGGUGCCCAGUCCAGUGGUGGGACUGGGCAACCUGUGCCUGGGCUCUGACUGCUCCGACGGGGAAUCCGAACCUGACCGAGACUCCCUGAGCUGCAGCCUGGAUUCCGAGGGUGCCACGCCCCCCCCAUCGGGGCUGAUACCAUCCUUCCCGGUCCAGAUCCUGCCCAACCUCUACCUGGGUUGUGCCCGAGAUUCGGCCAACGUGGAGAGCCUGGCCAAGCUAGGCAUCCGCUACAUCCUCAAUGUCACCCCCAACCUCCCUAACCUCUUUGAGAAGAAUGGCGACUUUCACUACAAGCAGAUUCCCAUCUCGGACCACUGGAGCCAGAACUUGUCCCAGUUCUUUCCUGAGGCCAUCGCGUUCAUUGAUGAAGCCUUGGACCAGAACUGCGGGGUGCUUGUCCACUGCCUGGCGGGCGUCAGCCGCUCCGUCACCGUCACCGUGGCCUACCUCAUGCAGAAGCUCCACCUCUCCCUCAACGAUGCCUACGACCUGGUCAAGCGCAAGAAGUCCAACAUCUCGCCCAACUUCAACUUCAUGGGGCAGCUGCUGGACUUCGAGCGCAGCCUAUGUCUUGACGGGAUCACUGAGGCUCUUUGUGACUGA